AUGCAACGCCUCACAUGUUUUGUUACUUGCCGUGAAUUUAGCGGAAUAGUGGCGUUCACAUCAACGUCAUGCCCUUGGAAGAAGAGACUUACAAAGCAAACGCCCCUCAGUCAUCAGUACACUUACAAAACUCGUUCAUAUGUCGAGAGAACGGCCAUACAGCACUGGGACUUUACACACUUGCGAAGAUAUACGUCGCAGUUCACCGGUCAGACAUAUAGACACUACAGCACCGGGAGUAACAAUGACUCGACGAACACUACGAGUCACCCAGGCGUCACUGUGGUGGGGAGCCCGGAUCCACUCACAUGGAUCAGAAACAAAAUCGUGUUGUCUUUAAUCGAACUGUAUUUUGACUUGAAUAUGACUGGUGUGGAAUUUGACACGGGAGUAAAACAGGCAUUGGUUCAUGUCUCCAACUCACUGUCCAAAGGCAAAUUUGAGGACCUGAGGAGAGUGAUGUCAAAGGAGGCUUUAGAACAUACUAGGAAGAAAUAUAAGCUGCUAACAGAGGGCCAAAGGAAAGAUCUUGCCAUCUCUUUGGAUAACAUUAUAUUUCUGCUUCCUGAGGAUGUGUCUGUAGUCUUUGAUCGUAGAGGUAGGAAGUUCUGUUAUAUUGUGAUACGGUUCUGGCACCUGUCCGCUGCAGAUGUCCCGGAGGAUCCAGAGGGCGUACGCAUCUUCAAAGUGAGCGAAACAAACGAGGAUGGGCCACCGAAGAAGAUCGUUACAGCCGUUUAUGAGUUCCAUAGUGAACUGACAGUUGGAGCAGAUCCUGACUGGACAAUAACACACAUUUGGCACUGGAAGCAACUGGAAUGAGUGAAGGGAACAAAAAAAAAUCCUAUUAGAAUUGGUGUCACAUAGGACAUUUCAAGGACUGUUUUAGUUUCCAAUAUUACUAGGUACUGUGUUAGAGCAAAACUGAAUGAAAUUGUCACCAGAUCUCCUUGUCAUGGAAACCAAGA